UUGUCGCCUGGCCAACUUCGUUAAUCACGAAGCAUGAUUAUCUCUAUAGAUAGAUCACUUGACCGGAGAAUCCAGUACAGAAUCAAAACCUGUUUUUAGCAGUCCACAAGAGUCAAGACCAAAACUUUCAAUCCAACAAAAGGUUGACCAUGAGAUUCUUGUUAACCAAAAGGGCAUUCAAAGUAUUCACCCCUCUUUGUCGGAGACUCUCGUUGACUUACACUUCCUUCUCUUCAACCUCACACUCCGGCGGAUUUUCCGGCGAUUCCGAGCCGGAAUCAUGGAAAACCAUGGAGGGUCUACUCCGUUCCCCCGCAAAUUUUGCUCCUUUAUCCCCAAUCACGUUCUUGGAGCGAUCUGCCAAAGUUUACAAAGACCGAACCUCUCUUGUGUUUGGUUCCGUCAACCACACUUGGUUCCAAACUUAUCAACGUUGUCUCCGUCUUGCCUCUGCUCUUACCCAUCUCGGAACCGCUCCUGGAGAUGUGGUUGCAGCUUUGGCUCUUAAUGUUCCAGCUAUGUAUGAGCUUCAUUUCGCUGUUCCAAUGGCUGGUCUGGUUCUCUGUCCACUUAAUACUCGACUUGAUGCUUCCAUAUUGUCGGUUUUGCUAGCUCACUCCGAGGCCAAAAUCCUCUUUGUUGAUCAACAGUUACUUGAGCUUGCUCAUGGAGCUCUUGAUCUUCUUGUCAAAUCAGGCAGAACAAGAAAAAUUCCGAAGCUUGUGUUGAUCUCUCAGUCUAAUGAUGAUGAUAAUGAGGAUGAUACUUCAUCUAGCUUUGCUUCAAAGUACUCUUUUGAUUAUGAAUAUGAAACUCUGCUUCAAUCCGGAAAUAGCGAAUUUGAGGUGAUCAAACCGAGAAGCGAAUGGGAUCCCAUUAGUAUAAACUACACUUCAGGGACGACUUCGAGACCGAAAGGAGUGGUGUAUAGCCACAGAGGAGCCUAUCUCAAUUCACUUGCGACAGUCUUUCUUCACCAGAUGCCUCUUUAUCCCGUGUAUUUAUGGACAGUGCCGAUGUUUCAUUGUAACGGCUGGUGCCUCAUUUGGGGAGUAGCAGCGCAAGGCGGUACUAAUAUCUGUCUCAGGAAAGUCUCUCCUAAGUUGGUCUUUAAGAACAUUGCUAUGCAUAAAGUGACUCACAUGGGAGGAGCCCCUACGGUUCUGAACAUGAUUGUGAACUGUCCCGUGACCGAUCAUAAACCGUUUCCUCACAGGGUUGAGAUCAUGACAGGGGGUUCACCGCCUCAACCGCAGAUCCUGGAAAAGAUGGAAGAGUUAGGUUUUAAUGUGUGUCAUCUUUAUGGGUUGACAGAGACAUAUGGUCCAGGGACACACUGCAUCUGGAAACCUGAAUGGGAUUCUCUUUCUUUGGAGGAGAAAUGUAAGUUAAAGGCUAGACAAGGAGUGCAGCAUUUGGGUCUAGAAGGGCUCGAAGUGAAAGAUCCGGUGACAUUGGAGACUGUACCUGAUGAUGGUUUAACCAUGGGUGAGGUUAUGUUCAGAGGAAACACCGUGAUGAGUGGAUAUUACAAGGACUUAGAGGCAACACGAAAAGCUUUUGAGGGAGAUUGGUUCCAUAGUGGUGAUCUCGCUGUGAAGCAUCCGGAUGGGUACAUUGAGAUAAAAGAUCGAUUAAAAGAUGUGAUCAUCUCAGGGGGAGAAAACAUAAGCUCUGUGGAGGUCGAAAGAGUUUUGUCUAGCCAUCAAGCGGUUUUUGAAGCCGCUGUUGUGGCACGCCCGGAUAAUCAUUGGGGACAGACGCCUUGCGGGUUUGUAAAGCUGAAAGAUGGGUUUGACUUUAUCAAACCCGAGGAUAUUAUCGGGUUCUGUAGAGAUCGUUUACCUCAUUACAUGGCUCCAAAGACUAUUGUUUUCGGAGACAUACCUAAAACCUCGACGGGGAAAGUACUUAAGUUUCUUCUGAGAAAGAGAGCCGAUGAAAUGGGCAGCUUGUGAUCGCCAUAUAAUUAACAAAAAAGGUUGACUUCUACAAUAGUUCGUGUGUGUAUAUGUAUAAGGUAAAACUAGCACUGAUGAGUUCUUGCUACAAUUCCUUUCUCUCUUUUUUGGGGAAGUCAUAUAUUACUUUGGAUUUGCAGAAUCUAUAUAUAUCUGAGUCGUGUUUAUAACGUGCUACUAAGCAGAGUUUUUGAUCAA